UUCUUCUUCUGUUGGUUGGCCUUCCAAUACCACCGCAGAACUCUAACAAUUACUAAAAUGAAUACAAAUAUUGAUUCUAAUACAAGUUCUGCCUCUCGAUCAAUUGCUACUGAAAUAGAUCAGUCUCAAUCAAUUGGCCACUCAAACCAUUUAAUAUUAAUUCUGACCGCUGAUCGACUCGCUGUCUCAACAUUUCAACAGAAUUUCAAAGCCUACUUCAUUUUAAACAUAGUGUUUAAUCUGUAACCUUUUAACUCUAUUACCUAACCACCAACCACGGAGGUAGGUGUGGUGCUAAAUAAUAUAGUUAUCACGCCGCGAGUCAACACGUAACCAAGUUUAUACGAAAAUAAAGUUGAACAUUUUGCUGAGCAGAAUAUUGCAGGAAAAUGGCAAGCGAUAAAGCUGCAAGCUCGGUCGUGCCUUCACAAUUUACACCUCACGAAAUAUUCGUUAAUAUCGUAGAUUAGUAUUUUGUGAGCGGUCAAUGUCAUCGCAACUAUUUACUGUAUAUUUAUGAAGAUAUAGUCAUUUCUAUGAGGGCUAAAGCUCUUAUGUCGGAUACUAAAUGAUUACCUCCAAAUUCCGAACAGAAAAUGUAUUCUGUCCUUCGACACGCGUUAAGCAAGUGAUCAGUAAUGACUGUCAAAAAGCGGACUUGAACCCUUUUAGAGUUCACGUUAAUCCCAUCACAAAGAUAAUGGCAGAAGUCUUAUUUUAUGAAUAAAGCAGUUAUUACUUGUAAGAAUUCGUAAAUUUUAAAGAACUUACUAUAAAAUUAUACAUCACGUGAUUCGAACAUUCCAAUGAUGUCAACUUACGUACAUGUGAUUACUAGUUGAAAAUGACAAGAAAUAGUGCAAACAAACGUUUUUGAGGAGAUGCCAAAUCGCAGCAAACAAAAUAGUUUCUUAAGAAUUAUAAAACGUUCGUCAAAACAACAUCUCGGGGUUAUCAACCUUCUUGGAUGCAGUUUCCUUGUUCUAGACCAUUGUAUUCUUCACGUGCCACAAGCGUGGUCCCAACAUAACUAAGGCCCCACGAUUAUACGCUGUUGCAUAACGUAGUACGCACACAUUGAUUGUAAUAGAUAACUAGUCUAUAUCUCUCAGUUAGUAGUAAACAAGAUGUGUAUACUAAAGACCGGCACGCUCUCUAAUGUCCAACGAGACUUGAGAAACUGUGGUCUAAAGUGCGCUUAUGAGAUCUUAGGAACCUGCCUUGCCGUUCCUAUAACAUGACUGCUUCAAUGCCUAUAAAUUUGUAACCAGUAUUUUUUACACCAGCGAUAAUUACUUGAGUUCUUAAGUUCUGAGUACUUGAUUGGCUGGUAGAAGUGGUUUGCCUUCUGAGGGAAGAGUUGUCGCGAAUUCGAUUACCAUACCCGUGUGCACCGUGAAUAUUGCAAGAUCCAAGCCUUUAAAGAGCAUCUGCUUGUCAGAAGAAAUUCCUAGAGCAAUACAAUGUUCAUUUAAUGGGAAAGAAGGCCUGUUGUAAAUUCCGAGAACCAUGAAAUAGUACGAAAAACGUAUUGUUCAAUGAUCAAGGAACAAACAUAGUGAAUGUGUUGCAUUUUGAAACAAACAAGCUGUCGUGUACUGAGCAACAACAGCCCCGACUUCACACAAUGUGUGCUAAAACGACGACUUUAGAUUGUCAGUUGAUACUCACCACUUCCUGGAUAGUGCAGGUGUUUUGCGUAGGUCUAGAGAUUUGUGUAAGAACAAAGUAAACUACUCAAAGAUAGCAUAAGGAGAUAUGACACUAGGAGAUGUUGCGCAGUUAAUAUCUUAGUACUGAAGCCUUCAGAAAAAGCGCUGCAUGAGUAAGCCUAGACGUGAAAUACCUCUAUUUUAGGCCGAUGACUAAGCGUCUGAAAUGUGGAACUCAAAAAAGAAUAAUCUACGUAAUUCCCCAAUACGUCAGAGUGAGCAACAUUCACAUUUAAUAAGAUAAAGAUUACUUGACUUGACGCGCCAACAUUGCGUGCAAACUCAGAAUAAACAAGAAUAAAUUAAGAAGUACUCUGAUUGAAGUAAUUCUUGUUUGUAAGAACAGCUUUUUAAUUUAGCCGCGUAACAUGUUAAUCUGAACAGACUUAAUUGAUGUACAUUGUAUAGUGGAUAUUAAGUCGGCACCACCAUUCAGUCUUUCUCGAAUUAUCUAAAGUUUUGCUUUUCAAUAAAGUAAAAGAUCCUACCAAAAUACGUGUUCAACAAUCUCGAGGGAGCUUUUCUGGAAGCGCUAGUAGUUCUAUCGGCCAGAUUAAGUUGUUCCCCGGGCCAGUAUUAGUUUACAUUACCGUAAUUUAGAUGAAUGGCAAGGAGAGCCGUGCCCACUGCCGGCUUCUUGGAAAAGCGUCGUAUAAUGCCUGAUAAUGGCAUCCACUACGUCACGCAGCUGCGGUUUUCGCGCAAUUAUCUCCAAUUAAAUUUAUAUAAUGGUGUUUACCUCAUUCCUACUUUGUGUUCAGUUUACGUUUAGCCACCGAUGCGACUACAUUAGUUGUGGCGUUUCUAUGUUGUUUAUAGUGUUUAUACCGUGCAUGGAUUUGUUCCAGAACGUUUGGUUUUGUGAAGUGAUUUCUUUUGAACGGACUUACGGGAAUACGUAGUUUGCGUGCUACAACUAAUUGUGCUGCGACACUUGCAUGAAAAUGACUAUGUCCACGGCACCAACGAUGAGUGCUCGGGUACACAGAAAAGUAAUGCGGGCACCACAUAAGCGUGCCCACCCGGGUAAGACACAGCACCCGGGCAAAAUGGUGCACACCGGCAAAGUGGCGCAUCACCCGGGUAAACUGGCACAUUUAGGCAAAUUCGGGAAACUCGCGCACUACGCUCACACGCACGCCCUGCGCCCGCCCGAGCCGUGCGAGAACAGUAACGACAGCGGCCUAGGACCCGACGCCGGCGCCGUCAACAGAUUAUCGGACACUUUGGAGGAGUGGGAACACCCGGAGUUGAAACGGCGACGUGGCGAGACAGAUUCAGCGGUAAAGCUAGAAUGCGACGACGCAAACGACGCAUACGCUUUCCACGCGACGGGCGUGACCGAGACGGUGACAUCCGCUGUGCCCGAUGCUCCCGCCUCGUCGUUCGCACCAGCCCUACCCGAUCCUGUAAUGAGAGCGGGUUGCAGUAUACCUAGACCAAACAUAGCAGAAACAGCCGGCAAAAGGUUCCAAGAUCCGUACAGAUCGUGCGGGAAGUUAGGGAGUGGGGGCAAACUAGCCAACAAGUACCCCGGCGGGGGAAAAUUGGUCGGUGCUGGAGGAAAAUUAGGAGGCAAGUUAGGAGGAAAGUAUGGUGGAAAGUUAGCACAGGCUAUGGCGAGAAGAAGGGCAUUAGCAGCCAUGACGCAAGGUGGCAGGCCUGGGCUAGCGGCACCGCUGUCCAACCGGUCGCGAGACGGUACGGUGGAGCUGCAAAUAUUGUGCCAACCCGAAACACAACACAGAGCGAGAUAUCAGACUGAAGGCAGCCGAGGCGCUGUCAAAGACAAUUCAGGGAAUGGUUUCCCAACAGUCAAAUUAGUUGGUUACGAUAAACCAGCGGUACUGCAGGUAUUUAUAGGAACAGACACAGGCCGAGUCGCCCCGCACAUGUUUUACCAAGCCUGCCGCGUCUCAGGCAAAAACUCAACUCCGUGCAAGGAGAGGAAGGAGGACGGCACGGUCAUCAUAGAGAUCGACCUGGAGCCGGCCAAGAACUGGCAGGUCACUUGUGACUGCGUAGGAAUACUCAAGGAACGCAACGUAGACGUAGAGCACAGGUUCGGCGAGUCACUCGGCGGCGCGGGCGGCGCGGGCGCGGGCGCGGCCAGCGCGGGAGCGGGCGCCGCCCACCUGUCGCGCGGCAAGAAGAAGUCCACGCGCUGCCGCAUGGUGUUCCGCACCGACAUCGUCAACGCCGCUGGACACCCCGAGACGCUGCAAGUCUGCUCCACACAAAUUAUAUGCACACAACCACCAGGCGUACCGGAAGUGUGCCGCAAAUCCUUAGUAUCAUGCCCAGCGACUGGUGGAUUAGAACUGUACCUCCUUGGCAAGAACUUCCUUAAGGAGACCAGAGUGGUGUUCUGCCAGAGACAAGACGGACGCACGCAGUGGGAGGAGGAGGUCGUCCCCGACAAAGAGUUCUUACAACAGACGCACCUGGUGUGCUGCGUGCCGGCGUACUGCCGCGCGGACAUCGCGGAGGCGGUGCGCGUGCAGGUGUUCGUGCGCUCGGGCGGCAAGGCCAGCGAGCCGCACGCCUUCUACUACACGCCGCCCGCGCACUCGCCCGGCCCGCCGCACGCCGCGCGACACCCCUCGCAAGGUGGCGAGGAGGCGCGGCCUGUGCUGCUGUGGGCCGGCAUGAUGCCGCCGCCCGCGCUGCCGCCGCGCAGGCCCUCCAUCAUAGUGCCCGACCCGCACUCGCCCGUCGGACUCAAGAGCGAGGUAUCGGACGACUCGAGCCAACACUCGCUGGUGGACGGCGGCGAGUCCUCGUGCGGCGCCGACGGGCCCGACAAGGGGCUCGCCAUGUCCGACGAGCUCAGCGUCGUCGACCUCAGGCUCAAGUCCGAGAUCGCCCGCGACAACCAGUCCCAGGUUGGCUUUGUAAGCGGGUACGAAAACAUAAAGCUGUCUCCACCCACGCCCUCACAGAGCGAGCCGCCAUCCCCCCUCGCUUCGUUCACGCAGCAGCUGCAGGCCAUCCAGAACCAGGUGCAGACUGAUAAGAUGGUCGAGACCGUGACGGCCGCCAUCUUCAAUUCGGACGAGAACGCGCCGCAGAUCUACCCCAACAUCAUGCCCAUGCAGCAGAUGGAUCCCAUGAGACAGCUCAUUUCCUCCAAAUCCGUCGACCCUCUGGAGACAGAUAUGAAGGUCCUCAACCCAGAACUGAUGAUCACUGAUACAACGAUGCAACAGAGCGUCCUUCAAAGCAACGAGCAAAGACUGAUAGUGUACAACCAGAUGCAAAACAGCAGCCAAGAAGAGAGCUUCAACCCUUUCGGAGCCAUCACCAAGCUAGAAAUGGGCACAAGUCAGAUCGAGCAGCGGCUGGCGCAGCAGUCCGCGCACAUGGAGGCGCUGGUAGAGGACGCCAUGAAGGCCACGGCCGCCAUGCUGCCCGACAGCAGCAAGCUGGACGAGCUGGUGAACUCGCGCGUGGACGACCACCUGUCGGGCGCGUCGGGCUCGCCGUCCGCCGCCUCGCACGCGUCCGACAUCCUGCUCAGCCCCAACGCCGCCGUCGCUGGCCGCAGCUCGGCCGCCGACCUGCUACCGCCCAUGCCCGCGUCCGCCAUCUCGCCUGACGUCAUCCUCAACCCACAAGUGUCGCCCAGCAUGCUGUGCGACAGCUCGCAGCGUAUCGUCAUGCCCUCCGGGCCCUCACAGGACGAGCUCAUGAUGAUCCAGGACCAGGUGCAGCUGACGUCAGUGAAGACGCCGCCCGCCGCUGUCAAGUCGAUGAUCCUGAACGCUGCGGCCGAGAUCCUGACGUCGGACACGACCAUGAACGCGCUGGUGACGUCAGCCAUCAACACGGCUAACAUCCUGACGACAGACGCGGCGGCGGCCGAGCAGCCGCCGGCCGAGCCCCCGCGCGCGGGCGAGGCCCCGCUCGUGGCCAUGUCGCAGGCCGUGUCGCAGGCCGUCACGCAGGCCGUGUCGCAGGCCGUGUCCCAGGCCGUGUCGCAGGCCGUCACGCAGGAGAUGACGGCGCCCGUGCAGGGCCUCACGGACAUGAGCGACCAGGACCUGCUGUCCUACAUUAACCCCAGCACGUUCGACCAGGAUUACGUGAAUUUAGUGAAACUUCAGAAUUGGACGACGUUCUACAGCAACAACUGCGUCAGUUAUACCUGUUGAUGUAUGAAUCAUUAUCCCCGUGCACGGUGUUGCUGCGAACAUUCGGACGGUGGACAGACUCGCCUCAUUCGCGGUCGUCUCGCUGCCGAACCAGUUCUCUCCCACUCGCAUGUGAUGCAUCCUGACGCAUUCGUCUAGCCUAAGCGACCGCUCCACGGUCUAUCUAGCUUUUAUAAGUUAAAUCCAAUCAAUUACCACCAUGCUAGGAAUAUUAUAGGAAAAUUUCGUACCGUAUCCCCAAAAAGGCCUGAAAAAUUUUGAACUGAUACAAAAUUAUCAUUUCUUUUACGGGUUCCUAAAUUAUUUAGAACAAUAUUUUAACCCUGUUAGGAUAUAGGAAAUAUUACUGGUAUAUGAGCAUUUUAUAACAGUGCACGAAGCAUUUAUGAGUUAUUUUCAUAGCUUUUUAAAUUCAGUCAUAUUUCUUAAAUCUUGACUUUAAGGAGUUACGGUCAGAUGUGCUUAUAUAGGUGGUCAUCCAUGAAACAACGGAUCACCACCGGCUUGCAAUACUAGCACGAAUAACGUUAUGAUUCAGUGAAAAAAAGAAGCUAGUUUAUAACUUUAAGCAUAUCUAGUCGUCACUAAUAAUACAAGUUUAUUUAUAUUAAUUUUAUUUAACAGUGAUUGGUUCUAUGUAAAUAGUCUAAACCUUACCGCCACGCCAUCUAUAUAUUGAUAGGAACAAUCGCUAAGUCCAACGACCACAACUAUGUAUAAUAUAUAUAGAAGCUUUAACGAUAUUUAUGAUUUUGGACAACGAAAUAACCCCACUCAAGCUUGGUGUACAAGUGAACACACUGACCACUUCAACUAAUGUAAAAUAUAUUUUUGUAUGUUGUAUAUGAUUGUGAUAUGUAACUGAAAUAUACAUAUUAUUCAACGUAGUAGUUAAUUAUAUCGUAAGUGUAAGGAAAUUGUACUGAUGUGAUGUUAGAGCAAAGAGUAUAUUAAAAUUAUGUUAUGAACAUUUAUUAUUAUUAUUAAAUGAGUUUUUAUAGAGUCGAAUGCUACAUAUUUGUGCCAUUUAAAUAAAUGUAAACGUAGGUAUAUGUUAGUGUAUGGAGCAUAUCGAUAGAGUUCUAUCAACGAUUGGUUCGGCCGACAACAUAUGUAAGCGUGCCUUUAGGACAUUUACACAGACCUUUGCGACAUACAGUUGCCAUAAGUCAAAAAUAUUUUUAAUAACAUUUCGGCCAUUUUUAACAUGCAACAUUUUUUAAACUAUGGCGGCAGCUAUAUGUCAAUUAAAUUGAAAAGAUUUACAUUAUACAGUAUUUUAAUCUGGGACCACGGUGCAGAUGCAUUAUACUGUAGACAUUAUUAUACAAUAAUGUCUACAAACAUUUUAUACAAAUAUAUUAGCUGCUGAUAUGAAAUGCACGCAAUAUAAGGACGGAUAGAUAUUUUAUAUGAAAUGUUAUGCAAUCCUAGGCAAAAAUAUACAAUAUGAAAAAUGUUAUCCAGAAAUGAUAAUUUUGGUGCGAAACUAUGUCAUUGUGAUUGGACAAGUUUAAACGAAUCGAAUUAUAAAACAAAGAUAUUUAUACUAAAGUCAUUAGGAAUGAAGAAUGAAAUAAAGUUAGAUAUUUAUUAACAUAACAAGAGGGUCAAGCGUAUCCGAACACAAUGACGAAAGAAAAAUCUUAUAAAAACUAUAAAAUAAUGUAAAAUAAUACUGGGAAUCUCCUUUGUCUUCCUCCUAAGUGUUUCUGAAUAUGUUUUAAAUUGUUUAAUUUACAUGACACCAUUUUUUAGUAAAAGUACUAAGAUUGGACAAACCGCGAAACUGUCAAGCUCUUAUUCGUCAAAGCAAACGUUUUUAAAAGUGUAUCCUUCGCUAUCCCCAGUCUUGGUGUUUCUAUUAAGUUUUAUUUGUCUUCCAUUUUGUGAAACAUUCGCAUACCGUUAUCACAACGCGAUUUGAAUGAUGUAAAAUUGGGCUAUUCAGUACCACGAGGUUAAUUGGACAAAUAUUGUAUAUAUAUUUCUAUUAUAAUUGUACGUAGGUAGUAUCGAUGUUUGUAAACAUAAUCUUAAGUAGAUAUUUUGAUAAAUAAAUAUUGGUUAAUGUACUGAGUGCCAGUUAGCCUCGUGUCGGUAACAGCCCAGUUUUACCUACCUGAGUAUUUGAAAAGGAGAAGAUAGUUAAACACUGAGUUUGUUCAUUAAUUGUGUGUUAUAUAGUAUAUUUUUUGUGUUAUUAUUAGAAAAUUGGUUUUAAAUGUUGCUGUAUUAAUAUAAGUUUCGUAUAUUGUAGUUGAACUCAUAAAGUAAAUUAUGUUGUCCUAAAAUGUUUAUUAUGUACCGAUAUAAUGGUUUGCUCAUACCUCGAUUUGUAUAUUUUGAAGUGCGUUUUGUUGUAGUAUGUAUAGUUAACUGUCUUCUUCGUUUGAAUACGACGUAAAUGUUACGUUGAAGUAUGUCACGUAUCUACGUACACUGAUAGAUCUCUAGUCGGUCUAAAUCGAUGAGUGCUAUCGCCGAGCGCGCGUUCAUCAACUAUGUUAUUUGUUUUGAUGUAAUUAAUAAAUGUUAUGAAAAAUA